AAAUUCAGAACCAAAACAAUCACAACGGAGAGCGGAAAUCAGAUACAAACUUUUUCAAAAUUACCCCACAAAUGCAAUGGCUUCGAAAAAGAGAAAUCAUGCUUCGGCGUCGUCCAGCUCUGCAAAGAAAGUAAAAAUCUCCCUGGAGGAAUCCGCCCAUGGGCGGGUUGCCCGAACCGAAACCGGUUCCGCUUCGCUCCUGGAGUUUGUGGCCAUUAAGGAGGAACCGAUUGAGUUGCCACAGCCUGCCGUCGAUCCCAGUCCCAAAAGGCAUUCGAAAAAGUCCGUCGGAACGGCGAAUCGCCUAUCGGUUUGCGAGCUCUGCCUACGGAAGUGUCCUCCGUCGGUGGUUAUCCAGUUUUCGGUUGGCAGAGGGACGAACCUGGGUGAUGGUCUGGAAAAGGUGAGACAGACGUUGGGGAUUCAGCUGGAUCCGAGGCCGUUUAGCGUUUGCAGGACCUGCUGGCAGUUGGUGGAGAUUGUGGCCACUUUUCGGGAUGGCUGUCUGAAGGCGAGGGAUUGCGGAGCUUGUCGGGGUGAAGGUGGCCAGGAUGAGUGGUUUUCUGAGAGGACUUUGGAGGCGAUGGAGCAUGCUUUGGGAGUUGUGCAGAAUAAUUUGGAUUACUUUUGUAAGGAGGAGGAGGUGAGGGAGGAUUCGGACGAGAGUUCGUUCAAUGAUGACGAAUUGGAUGUUAAGGACGAAGAAGAUGCUACUGCUGACGACGAUGAUGAUCUUGACGAGGCAGCGGAAUCUCAAACGGAUCAAGAAGAGUACAACAAAGUUACUGAAAAGCUAGAAAUCUCGAUUGAGAGCCAUCCGGAAGAAAGUGCAAUCACAGUGGCUAAAUCUGAAAAAGAGCUACCAACUGGUCUCACUCCCCUCCCGGUGUUCGAGUGCACCAAGUGUGGCCGCCGGUUCGACUCCAAAAUUGGUCACGGCGUGCACGUGCGCCGUUCCGAAAAUGCUCCGGACGGAAGCUGCAAAAAUUCCGUCCCCCUCGAGUCACCCCACUGCUGCACCGUCUGCCGGCUCUACUUCAAGGCGAAAGGUCUGCUUAAGAGCCACAUGGACAAACAUCUCGGCACCAAGUCGAUAACCUGCCGGAAGGGCUGCGGCAAGAUGUUCUUCACCGCGGCAGUGCAGCGCGUACACGAGUACGGCUGCGGAACCGAACCGGGCCAGCAUCUCUGUCCCCAGUGUGGGCUCAACUUUGCCACAACCAGCCACAUGACCCGGCACAUGACUCAAGUUCACGGCGGCGAAGCUAAGUUUCCCUGCCAGGUGUGCGGCAAGCAGUUCAAAACUCGGGAAGCCAUCACGCGCCACUUGAGCUACUCCCACUCGACGGAGAACACGCUGGCCUGCAAGCUGUGCGACAAGUGGUACAAAAAUCCCGACUCGUUGCGGGUUCACAUGCGACUGCAUACGAACGAAAUGCCCUACGGGUGCAACAUCUGUGGGAAACGGUUCCGCUACGGGCACGCCGUGCGGCCGCACCAGUUGAGGGAGCACGGAGUGGGGCGAACGGAACAGGAAGUGGAAGCGGAAGCAGCUUGUGAGGAAGGUGAAGAGGCGGCGGAGAAGGGCGAUGGGUGGGAAUAGUUUCAAGGUUUAAAGCAGUAAAGUUAGUCCAGUGACUUAGAAAAUAUGAGUUUGAUUUAAUUUAUUCAAUAAAAAAAGAUGCAAAUUUGAACUUUGUUUCAAA